CCUCGCCGCCUUCGCUCGCCACUUUUAAUGGCGAUGAGUUGUUGACGACUUUCAGUCGUGGCCGGCGUGUUCACGUCUCACUCGGUUAGACACUCUGACCGAGUGGUUUGUUUCGCUUUUCACCAACCCCACCUCACCCACCACCACCACCCCCCACCACCACUCACUACCACCACUCACUACCACUACCCCCAACUAACCACCACCCCCCACUACCACCACCCCCCACUACCACCACCAACUAAUACCACCACUUCCACCACCACCAACUAAUACCACCCACCACUACCACCACCCCCCACCACUACCACCAACUAAUACCACCACUUCCACCACCACCAACUAAUACCACCACCACCCACCACUACCACCAACUAAUACCACCACUUCCACCACCACCAACUAAUACCACCACCCCCCACUACCACCAUCACCAACUAAUAUUAUUACCACCACCACCCCCCCACACUCUUGAGAUGUGGCCGCACCACCACCAUCAUCACCUCCUCCUGCUGCUGCUGCUCCUGCUGCCGUCACUAGCGAACGGCUUCGCGCAGUCCCUGGACGGGGACUUCACCUUCACGCUGCCCGCGGGCCGCACGGAGUGCUUCUACCAGGCGCUCACGACGGGCGCCUCCAUGGAGGUGGAGUACCAGGUGAUUGACGGUGCGGGCAUGGAUGUGGACUUCUCAAUCUCGUCUCCUUCGGGACAAGUCCUCUUUGCCGAGUACAGGAAGUCAGAAGGCCUCCAAAGCGUGGAGGCCAAGCAGGACGGAGACUACAUGUUCUGCUUCGACAACAGCUUCAGCCACGUGUCGGAGAAGGUGGUGUUCUUCGAGGUGAUCUUGGACAACAUGGAGGUGGAGAAGGACGACAAGCCAGCGUGGAAGGACUUUGUGGCGGUUGACGAAAUUAUUGACAUGAAGCUGGAGGACUUGCAGGAGACCAUGGACAACAUAAAGACCCGCCUCAGCAAAAGCAUUCAGAUGCAGUCCGUGCUGCGAGUCUACGAGGCCCGCGACCGAAAACUGCAGGAGACCAACUUCGAGAUGGUCAACCUGUGGUCGGGGAUCAGCAUGGCGGUGCUGGUGGUGGUGGCCGGCCUGCAGGUGUACACGCUGCGCAGCCUGUUCAACGACCAACGGCGCGUUCGCACGUAGCGCUUGGUGCCAGCGCUCGCUCGCAUGCACGCACCACGCCUGAGCGUGCACAUAGCGUGUGCGACGCCGGUGCUUCACUGGGGGAGAGGGGGGUGGGAGGGGGGAGGGGAUCUCGUACUCAAACGGCAAUGGAUAUUAUCUUGUAGAUGCACCACCUAGCCUGUGUGUCCCCGGUUGUUCAACAUGAGUUUUGAGACUUUUUGUUUUAAUGAGCGACUUGAAAUCUAUGGUUAUUGUGAUUUGGCACUCCCAUUGACAGUGCCCUAGUGAUGUAUCUGUGAUGCCAACCCAUGUACAGUUUAAUACUGCAUCAAUGCAAUGACAUCACUAGGAAGUUGUGACUUGAGUGACCAUAAUUAUAAAAUAAUGUUUAUUUAUAACGAAGCCAAGAGUGUAUCACACAGUCUAGGUACAUAUCUGCAAGCGUCUUACCUUAAAGCCACAGGAACGUUGGCCCACUUAGGGGCUUGAAACUUGGGUUUCAAAAGACCAGAAUUUUAGGCUCGCAGCUUGGGAUUUUAUAUCAGAAUCAAGCAGUUUUAUAUUAACAUUACUGCGUUGAGUAGCAGAUGAAGUAACUGGCAGCUUGUAUAUAAAGCGCCUACAUGCAGUGUACUCGAAAUGUCUUAUGCUCGUUGGAGCAUGGGACUUGUGCUUAUCACUGCAAGUGAUUCUGAGCCAGUGGUGGGAAUUCCACUUUCAUACGAUAGUGGCCUGCUUUCUUAUAUUGUUGUGUUAACAUAGCCAUAUUUUCAUACCCUGCCGACUUGAAGAACAUCAGUAUUUUAUAUAUUCCAUGUUUUUACCAGCUAGACCAGACAAGUAUGUAAUUAAAUCUAAGAAUGGCAGGCUGAACCACAGAAUUAUCUUUAAGCUGCUACACCGAUAAACAAAAGUGACCUGAAAGCUGGUCUCGUGAAACCUGAUCUCAAGAUGCUUAACCCAAGAAUCAUGGCCUAGUGUUUCUAUGGCUAUAAGAGCUGUUAAUUCCGUUAGCCCACAUAAAUUAAAAAUUUGUUCCUUAUUCCCAUGGCGAAUUAUGUGACUUAUUAUUACGACAGAACACCAUUCUUGGCAUUUGUGAUUACACAAAACUUACUCCAUGCUGUUAAUCCACUAGCAUUGUGCAAUCAGAGAUUAAGUGCGGUUGUGUAUUUGCUUGCAGUGCCUCACAAUGAAAACCAAUCUUCCAGCACUGACAGCUUAAGUGGCGGUAGGUUGAAACCCUGGUGUUGUACGAGACGAUCUUGCGUAGUUUUUGCGCAUUAGUUGUACAAAGAACAAAUAAAAAUCACCUAAUUUAGCCCACUUUAUAAAUCACACAUUUUGCCGGGACCUUCAAUAUCAUUGUUAGACUCAUGUAUUAUCAUCUGGUGGAUGAUUGUCUUUUGGUAUGAUCAGUGUAGGAAUGUAUCGAUUUUAGUGGGCGUAUGUGGAGCAUUGCCUUUGGAAUAUUAAGGUCAAUAUAUUGCAGCUCAUUUGGUAGACAUUCUCUUUUUGAGUGCAUGGAGUUUAAAUCCUGGCCAGUCUACUUACAGCUCACUCCGCAGUCUAUAAAAUGAGUACCACUACGUAUUUGGAGACUUGGCAGCCACCUUUUUCAAAGAUCCUACAUUUAUCGUAGGACGCUUCACCCACUUAGCGGCAACAAUUAGUACAUGAGGUGUGAGAUUAAUAACGAUAAGAAAACGCACGAUAACAAUGCAUGUUACACGCGUGAAGGCACAUUACACUUCCGAUCAGUACGAUUGGCUACGUACACUUGGAAGUUCAACAUGCAUAGUAUUUUUUCACGUUUCUCGCCGAGAUGUUUUGACCCUUAAAUUAGAUGUGUAUUGAUGAUGCCAAAUAGGAAUAUUAAAACAAUUGAAUAUGCAAUUAAGAGAUGCCAAGAAAAAUAGUUACAGUUCAAUACCAAAUGUAGCUGAGAAGGGUGGCACAGAUUCGACAUACACUAGUCAUGUGUUCAACAGUUUUAUAGACCAAAACAUUCUGAACCUAAAUCCUUUGUGAUGCACGUCUCUAAAUAUUUUAAUACAUGCAUUCCCUUUUGGAAUUUACUUCCAUUACAUAGCAUUGUCAUUUGGUCCAGGCAGGCACAAGAUGCAGUUCAUAUUUGUAUUGAUCCUGCCAACAGAUGUGUUUUUACAUUAGUCAUUGGGUUUAUUUAGAAUCAAAGCUUAAUUAGACAAUAACUCAAGAUUACUAUUUAGGUGAAAUCAGGUUAAAUAUUUGAUUUUAAUAAACUGUUUAUUUUGGAGAAUAAAGUAAAGACCUCCAUGCACAACCUGGAGUACUUGAUGGGACAGCCACACCUGCCAAAUGGGCCUGAAUUAGUUUAGUGACAUGAAAUAUGUUUAAAUAAUAUACAAUUUAGAGUAAUGUUUCCAGACCUCUUAAUUGUAAAAUUAAUUUAUAUUUUUCCGAAAAGUUUUUUUUUAACGCAAGUUGUCCUGUUUUAUUUUUGUAUUGGUGAUUAUUUUUCCAAUGCUGGACUUGGCGGAAUCGAAACGUUUCAAUCAAGGGCUGAAAUGUCAGAGAUUCUAUGUAGUGAUAUAUUAAAUACUAGUUUUGAAUGUUUAUGUAAUGAUAGCACAGACAUUUAAAAUAUGGCCUUUGUUAGUGCUAUACCAUGAGUUGUGUGGGUGUGUGCCUUCUUAAGUGGACGAUUCACUUAUACUGAUGAGUUUGUUCACUGGGUUAUCUUGCAGUGCAAACUGAGAGCAUGUGUUGUGUGUAAAUGUGACUAAUUUUAGACUGGAGUUCAAAUAUUUUACCGCUCUCGAAAUUCGAAUUCAAUAAUCUUUUUGUUGAUAAUCUUGUGAAUGGUAUAAGGGGUGGUUAGCAGUGUCUGCAAGGGUGAUGCGAACCCAUUACAUAAAACAUAUAUAUAACUCGAGACAAAUUCUUUAUUGAAUAUACGUUUCAGUGCAUGUAUUGUGAGCUUAAUAUAUUGAUUAAUCAAACCUCAUUCCACCCUUGGUGUAUGGAGAAACACCUCUAUUUUGUGACAUUUUGACACAUCCACUAAUUUCCAGAACAAACCAUUAUGGGACGGUGACAACCGUGUAACGGGCGGUUCACGGAGGUCGCAGCUUAACUAUGGCUUACCAAUGGGAGGUCACGGACGUAUCCAGAUGUAUUUCUCGCUGGAUUGGCUGAUGUGUACCUCCUCAGGUCCCCAUGAAUCCCAUAUGUGCUGUUUAAAUCCCGAUCAUGUCCUGCUUGGUGGCGUAUCAUUGAAUAACCUUCACACCUGGAUAUCUACCUGCACACACACACGUGCCAUUAUUUUAACUGUUUAUACUGUGAGCAUCGAUAUAGCCAUACAUGGAAAGUGGUGAGAAAUUGAAGGGGUCCCCACACCUGCAUGCCUCGGUCUUCAUUCAAAAAACAUCACGAUAUUGCCUUAACUAUGUAAAUUUGUGUUGGAGAUGUGUUUGCCUUCGGUUUGUAAUCGUUACCUCAUUGCAAGGUGCAGCCUCUGUUGGGUUAAACUUGCUGAGAGGGAUGCUCCGUACACUGUUUGGUCAGGGGGUCGUAUCAAAACCUAUCUUGUUUUGAGUACAAGCAUGGAUUUUGUUCAGAUAGUUCAAAGAAUACAAGGCGAGGGUUUGGUAAGCUCUGAUCUAUUGUGUUGAACAAGGAUUGUGUUCGCUUCAUGCUGCCUCAUUGUACAGUCACAAUCAGAAUAUGUACACAGUUUGUAAGCCUUGAAACAAGAUAUGGUUUUCACCACAAUGUCUAUAUUGUGAAAUUCACAUAGGCGAAAAAAAGCAUGAAACAAGAGUUUACAUUCUAUUUACACGGCUCCUUUUACUGCAAAUGAAGGCGAUUUUGCGUUCUGCAAGCUAAGUUUUCUUGUGGUCUUCAGAAUCCAUAUUGUUUAUUUUUCAUACCAGAAUUGGUAUUAUAUAUUUCACGAUCAAAUAAAUGUAUUAGUUUAUUGCAUCAAACAACAAACUGUUGGGCUCCACUCAGCUAUUUAUCAAGCCUCGUGUUGAGCUGGAUGGGGUUUUUUUUCCCACCUCUUCCCAACAUUGUGUUACAGCAGUGGGUUUCGUGCCUAAGAGGCCCUGUUUAACAUCGAGCUCUGGCUAUCACACGGGCAGCUGUCAUGGGAGACAGGUUUUUUUCGUUCACUCCACCCCCGCAUUGCCCACGGCGGGCGAGGGCGGCAGUUUGCUCCGUAAAUUUAGCUCGCCCCCCCCCCCCCCAGGUCUCGGCAGCGAUGCCGGAGGUUGCGCAGCUGGUCGUCGCUCCGAAAGAUAGUGUGCGCGGCCUCCGCUUCUGGUUUUCGACGGAAACCUUACGGCCCAUUGGUACCUGUCGUGAGUCGGGCUGCCAAAUUGUAGACGAGGAGACGGUCGAUUUUUAAUUGUGCGCCCAUUGAUCGUUAACCCCUUCCCAUCAACCCCCGUUUGUAAUGUCAGCAGUGUUGCGUGCGCGUGUGUGGAGUGUUGUGGUACGUGACAUGCACAGGUCGAAUGCUUCCUACCACAGUGAUUUUAAAUAUGGCAAAGAGAUUAUAAUAGCCUGUUGUAAUGAAAUGGUUCCUACUAUGAUAGCUUUAAAACCUUGUUUCUACUAAUCUAUGCAGCUACGUACUUAUGUUUGGUAUUUGUGCAAACCUUACAUGUUUUAAGGCUCUGAUUGUUGAUGGGGGGGGGGGGGGUGUAAAAGAGAUGGCAUUUAAAAAAUUAAAUGUUGCAGUAAAACAUGAAUUAUUUGAAAAAGUUGUGAUGUUUACGGUCUUCAAAUCAGGAACUUGGAUCGGUUGCAUCCCAUGCGUUGUAAUCCCACUCGUAAUCUUUUUGUGAGCGUGGCAUGUGUGUUGUUUUUAAAAGGUUACAUAUUAAGAUUUUCAGCAGUACUAUGUGAAAUGGUGUUAGUAUAAUUAAGCAUUUUCAGCAUGAAAUAACCUUUACUUUAAUACACCCAACUCUAAAACAACA